CAUGAUCAGUCUCAUUAGCUUUGGAAGUUGUUAGAACAAAAACAAAAAAAAUAACAAAAAAAAAAAGUGCAGUGAUGAAGCAUAAUAAUUCGAAAGAAAUGGAAAUGAGAGAAACUUCUAGAAGAUCUCCGGGCGGAACCCAUUUCGUGGAUAUCCACGAAGUACCCGAAGAAGAAGAAGAAGAUGAAGAAGAAGCACGCGAAGAAAACAAGCCCACGAAAAUGGCUACUAAUAAUAAUAAACGUUUUAACAAACCGAUUAAAAUACGAGAGAUGAAAAGACCUAACAACAGUAGUUUUAGCCGGCAAGUUUCGCUGGAAACGGGGUUUUCGGCGCUGAACGGAGACAAGACGGAGAGGAAAGGAGUACUGCCGAGAAGUGGGAACAGUUUCGGAGGAUUCGGUUCUCUUCAUAGAAGCGGUGUUGGUGGUGUUGGAGCGGAAGGUGGUGGAAAGAAAGGGGAUUUUAGCAUGUUUAGAACGAAAUCAAGUCUCGUUAGGCAGAACUCGAAGCUGCCAUUGAUUAAAAAGGAGAGUGGAAUCCUUGUUGAUCAGUAUAUUAACGAUGUUUCGUCGUCGUCUCGUAGGGUUGAUAAUGAUAAUGAAGAUGAAGAUUCUGUUAACAAAAGUGUUCCUGCUGGUAGAUACUUUGCUGCUCUCACCGGACCUGAACUUGACCAAGUCAAGGAUUCGGAAGACAUACUUCUUCCGAAGGACGAGAAAUGGCCGUUCCUUCUCCGUUUCCCAAUCGGCUGCUUCGGCAUAUGUCUCGGCUUGAGCAGCCAAGCCAUCCUCUGGCGCGCCCUCUCCACAAGCCGAGCCACCAAAUUCCUACACGUCACUCCCAUCGUCAACCUCGCCAUCUGGCUACUCGCCCUCGGCGUAUUCGUCGCAGUUUUCACCACCUACGCGCUAAAAUGCGCCUUCUACUUCGAAGCCGUCAAGAGGGAGUACUUCCACCCCAUACGUGUCAACUUCUUCUUCGCCCCUUGGAUCGUGUGCAUGUUCCUCGCCAUAGGUGUCCCGCCCUGCAUCGCACAGGAUCGCCUCCACCCGGCCUUAUGGUGCGCCUUCGCGGGCCCCAUCAUCUUCCUCGACCUCAAGAUCUACGGCCAGUGGCUCUCCGGCGGGAAGCGGCGUUUGUCCAAGGUGGCGAACCCGUCAUCGCAUCUCUCCGUGGUGGGGAACUUCGUCGGGGCAAUACUGGCGGCGCAGGUCGGGUGGUUGGAGGCGGGGAAGUUUAUGUGGGCGGUGGGUUUCGCGCACUAUAUGGUGGUGUUUGUGACAUUGUACCAGAGAUUGCCGACGAGUGAGGCGCUGCCGAAGGAGCUCCACCCUGUGUACUGUAUGUUUAUUGCGACUCCGGCCGCGGCGAGCAUCGCAUGGGGGGCUAUUUACGGGGAGUUCGACGGGCUGUCGAGGACUUGCUACUUUAUUGCCUUGUUUCUCUAUUGCUCCCUCAUUGUGCGCAUCAACUUCUUCAGGGGAUUCAAGUUCUCGGUGGCGUGGUGGUCUUACACAUUUCCGAUGACAACAGCAUCGAUAGCGAGCAUCAAAUACGCGGAGCAAGUUCCGACAGUAAUAAGUAAAUGCCUGGCUUUAGCACUUUCUUUAAUGUCAUCAACAAUGGUGUCCAUACUAUUAGUCUCCACGCUUCUCCAUGCUUUCGUGUGGUGCACACUCUUCCCGAACGAUCUCGCCAUAGCCAUCACAAAGAGGAAACUCGGCAAGGACAAGAAGCCUUUCAAAAAGGCGGCCUAUGAUUUAAAACGCUGGACUAAACAGUCACCGCUGUCGCUUGUUACAAGCAUACGAAAGCACAAUUCUCCAGAUAAGGAUACAGAGGCUGAUAAACAAUAAGGAAAAGAAAAAGGACUAAAUUGCAAGUAAUAUUUGUAACAGGGACGAAAUUGGAAGUAAUAUUUGUACCAUGGAGAAUAUACUCUUGAUAUUUUUAUAUACAUUCUGGCUUGAGACA